AUGCCUGAUUGGAGAGGCUUUGUGACCAAAGACCAGCUGGAAGCAAAUGUUCUCCAUCAGGCAGUCGGUUCCUUCUUGCCUCUACUCGAUUUGCCCACAGCGCAUCCCGAUUUCUUCAAGGUGCGAAAUUACAUCGUGGGAAUUGCAUGUCAAGACGCAGGGGUCAUGAAUGCCCUCCUAACAUGCGGUGCACUGUUGAUGUCUACUGAAGACGAUAUAUAUAUUGCCAGAAGUCUUCAAUACUACAGUCAGUCUAUUGUCAAUUUUCAGAAAAAUGUGAAGCAUGUGCAGUCUGACACGCGCUUGAGCGAGGCUAUGUUGGAUACCCUCGCAGUUAAUUCAUGGGGAGAACACACUCUCUUUGACCACAGAUGUCACAUUCUAGGGGCUUGUCGUAUUUAUCAAUUCCGCCUCGAGCAUCUGAAAGACGGAGUCAAUCGAUCGCGAAACAGUCGUAUUCUGCAGCGUAUUGAAUCCGAAUCCAUCAUCCACCAGGUGUGCUUAAUGCAGUUGGCGUUGCCUAUCCUUGAUGACCCUGAGCAUAAUGUUAUACUGGAGACCUUGUGGCCAAGCAUUGAAGCGGAGCUUGCUACUCCCCUUUUCGGUCAAGCUUCAUGGUCUCCACAUGAGAGUCCCGUACUGGGACUUCCAUGGCAAAUAUACAAACUUGCUUAUGACGCCAAUACAACCAGUAUUGCGAAUGAUCCAGAGAUAAUUACUUUCCUAUUACGAGAAUGUGACAUCUGGAAGCAACGGCUGGAAGCGAUGGCCCUGAAUGAACAGACCUCUUUGCAGGGACGACUGCAUCUGUCGGCUUUGUCAAUCCUUCUAUACUCGAAGCUCCUUCAACAACACCAGAUGAAUGAAUCGCUACACAGCAUGCCUUUGGAUUCACAUGAGAUGUCUUCUCGUCCGCUUCAAGAUGCACUGUCCAUACUCGAAUACUUCCCUGAGUUUCUGUCACUGGAUGAUACAUUCCACGGUAUCAUAUGUCUCAUUAUUCUCAAGAAGAACAUCAACGACGCCAUUUAUCUCGCCUUUAUUGAGAAUGUUCUGAAUAUAAAAUGGGAGAAAAAUCGCUGCCAUCAGAUCAGACGCCUCAUGAAUUGA